CCGAGCUGAUGGUCCGACGGACGCCGCUGUAGUCCGCUCAAAUGAGGAAGACUGAGACUUCAAACUGAGAUUUCUCCCUCCCCACCUGCGCACUACAGAGCGAGAGAGGAGCCGCUUGCAUUGUUAAUUUAGAGCAGCCUCAGUAUAGAGACGCCUUAAACGAUGCUGAGAGCAUAUCAUCCUCCUCCUCAUCAUCUCCAGUACUGAUCUCUGUGCAGAAGGGGGUGUGUUCUCAUCACAGAGCUGGAAAUCCCCCCAUUAGUCACAUAAAAGCGACCCGAACGCCACUUCCACGUCCUAUUAAAGCUCGAUCCUGAGCCGAACGAGGACUCUAAACUAUGUAGGCACGGUGGACAGGGUUUAAAUGGGCAAUCUGAUGGGCAGCUGGAGAUACAAGGAGCCGAGCACAGUGGAAGAAUGCGACUCGACGUGGGAAACGGACUCGGAGAGCGACGAGCAUCAGCCGGGAGGAGAGGAGGAGGACAGCGGCAUCUCCGAAUCCAUGAGCCCGGCGGAUGCAGUCAGAGGAGCCGAGCAGCUGGAGCACGGAUCACCGCAGUUUGGUGACAUGAUGGAGCCCUCUACUAGGAUGAAAAGGAGCUUUUACGCCGCAAAGGACUUGUACAAAUAUCGGCACAGUUAUCCGAACUACAAGGAGCCUCGUCAGCCGAACGAAUACCGCAAUCUGAGGUUUUAUCUGAAUAAGAUCCCCCUGGUGCCGGAUGGUAUUUAUAUUGAAGAAAUCCUCACUAAAUGGAGGGGAGACUAUGAAAAAUUAGAGCACAAUCACACAUACAUUCAGUGGCUCUUCCCACUCAGAGAGCAAGGCCUAAAUUUUUAUGCCCAAGAACUCACUCAGGAUGAAAUAAAGGAAUUCCAAAGCACUCGAGAAGCCAAGAGGCGCUUCCUCCUAGCGUAUACGAUCAUGUUGGAUUUCUUCGGAAUCAAGCUCCUGGAUAAAAACGGCAAUGUGACUCGGGCCCCAAACUGGCAAGAUCGCUUUCAGCACCUGAACGAGUCACAGCACAAUUACCUGCGUAUUACUCGCAUUCUGAAGAGUCUUGGUGAGCUGGGCUUUGAAAGCUUCAAGCUUCCUCUGGUGCGUCUUCUGUUGGAGGAAGCGCUGUUGGAGGGCACUUUACCCAACAUGCGUCACAGCGCACUGGAAUACUUCGUCUACACACUGCGGCAACACGCUCAGAGACGCGCCCUGCUUCGCUUCGCCCAGUGCCACUACCAGCCGCCCGAGAACUUCAUCUGGGGCCCACCCAAGAAGAAGCGCAUUCCAGCCUCUGGGUCCACAGUGAUGAAGGCAGGGAAAAAUGAGGUGAUGGAGAGGAGUGUGGGCAAAGCCAGGUCACCUAGAGAGGGCAGAAAUAACCUAGAGAGAGAGGCGGACGACAUGGACGAGAGGAAGAGUGGAGAGUGGAAAACAGCUAAAGGGUCCAUGGUCCUGCAGGAGGUUAGGGGAAGGGUAGAUCUAGAAGAAUACAUUGAGACCAUUCCUCUGUAAGUAUAUAAAGAGAGGGAUUAUGGGAAUUCUGGAGUAGCUUAAGCUGAGCUUAAAAUGAAGUAAAAGAAUGGCACAGCAAUAUUAUUCCAUACUAUUGCCUUUUAGAGACCCGCUUUGUGAACAACUUGACUGUUUGCCAUUUUUUUAAAUCAUUAAUAUGAGGUGUUUUUCUUAACUCUGAAUACUUUACAAAAAGUGUUAGCGGAUGAAUUUCUGUUCCGUAAUUCUUACUUGCAGCCCUCUGGAGACUUCUUAGAGCAUGUACAAGUGUGAAUACGUAGAAGUGCUACCUGAGCACUCUGUUUGUGUGAAAUUUUGCACUUUUUGACUAUUCAGUCUUCCCCUGUGAGAGAAUAUUAUCUUAGUCUGCCGGCUUUGAGAUGAGGCUUUAUUUGCUAAUUGUAAGCCCGUCUCUCCGACAGACUUGUGUUCUUUUGCGUGUUUAGAGCUCGAUGCCGUUUCUUACAACGGAUACUCGUAGCUCAUUGUAACAGAUUAUAACAAUGUGAAGUGUGAAUAUACUUGCUGGAAUUUUCAGGUAAUUGAUCUUCCAUGUUUCUAUGGGUACGCGUGAGACUUUAAUCCAGUUUUCUCGAAUAUGUCUUGCAAUAUAAAGUGCCUCUUCUUUCGUUUGUUAAAGCAUACGUGAUGUGCUUUAUCAUUUCGAGUCGGAAGUCGCGCAGUAGAAACGCAAUUAUAAGCAAAAACAAACUUGAAUUUAGACUCUUUUGUGUUUUAUGUUAGUUUUUGAUAAAACGAAGCCUUAGCUCUUAUUUUUAAAUGGGAAUUUAAACGGUAAAUGACGUUUUGAUGCUAAUAAAUGUGGCAUGACAGAUUCAAACUGAGGCAUUUACCGCUUAUUACAGUAAGCUGCUAGUUAAAGGAAUCUGUGUGAAUUUGUUCUUUGGGUAAACUAUUUCUUUAAAGCACACCAGAAAGUAUAUUAAAAGUGUAUUUAUGUUGAAAGUUUUAUUACGUAAUAAGCAAAGAAGGGGAAGACAUCGGUAAAACAGCUUUUGUAGCCUAACAUUCAUCUUAGGAAUGUUCGCUCGUUAGUUGGAAAAAGUAGGCCUAAAUAAUAAUAGCUGAAUAUAUGCACAAUGUUAUGAAUUAAAAUGUGCAUUUUAGGCUUUUAUUUGUUUAUUUACAUGCCUUUUCUUAAAAAAAAGGUCAGACAGCCACUGUUUAAAUGAUAAUAUAUUGAGGACUGUUUGGCGGAUAAUGGUGAUAAUGAAGAAAGCAGAGGCUUUGGUUUUUCGUGCAGUGCAUAUAUAUCAAAAUGACUCAAAGUGAUGAAGCAAUUCACGUAUGUAUGUUAGAGUGUGUAUAAUGCCUACAUGCUUAACCUACAGUGUUUAAGUGUGGACAAUCAGGGCUAUUGAUGGUCACCAUCCACAUAUACAAAUAAAUCAGUGUUUUUAUUAGCAAAUAUAAAUUAACGUGGCUCACACAUAUUACGUGUGUUUGUUCCACACUGCUGUUUCAGAGUUUGCCCAGAGGCUGAGACAAUACCUCUACAGCACAGGUGUGUGUGUGUGUGUGUGUGUGUGUGUGUGUUUCUGAGUUCUUCCUUUUUAGUUUCUAACAACACACAAAGUGUGUGUCUGAAGUGCAUCUUUCCCCCUUUUCCUUUGAAUUAAAUGAGGCUCUUUCAUUCUUUUUCCUUCAGUCAAUAUUUAAAUUGAGCAUGUUUUUUUCUGUUUACCAUCUAACCCAGUUCAUACCCUAGGGUUCAUUAAAUGGCAUCUUAGUCGUACAUGAAAAGAGGGUUCACAUCCUGCUUCAUUAUUUCCUCCAAAUAAACAGAUAAUUCUUGUGUCCCAAACCUAAAACAAAACACUAUAGUUGUCCUGUCUACUCAGAUUCUUUCAUCAGUUUUUAAAUUCAACACAGAUGCGCACUGCAAUAUCCCCAAAUCCUUUGCAUGACAUUUGGUGAAAAGAAAAACAAGACAUUGGAUGCAGAGAAGUACAUUUAGUCAUAAAUGUUUUUUUUUUUUCGACUUCUACUAGAAAUAAGUAUUAAUAUUUGCUUGCUAAUCUCGUAAGCUCACUUGAAUUUAUUGAAGCUGUUGAUUUUUUUGAUGUAAAGUUGUAAAGUUUUAGAAGUCAGUCUGAAACCGGUUUUCUUUGGGAGGUACUUUUAUACAAAAAACAUUGCCUUUAAGUCAAAAUAGGCAGCAAAACCUAGGUUUCAGACUUUUGUCCUGUUUGGAAACAAAUAGCCAUCUUCUCUUUAUCCAUCUGAAGAACCUGUGGUUCUAAAAGACUGUUGAAUCCGCAUUUCAGUAUUUCAGUGUUUCUUGUGCCAUAAUCGUGUGGAAACAGUUUGACUGGCGACAUGCAAGGCGCCUUAAGUGUUUAUAACAUAACUUUGUUGAGAAGUGAUAAUUUGUAAUCAAAGGAAGUGUGACAUUUGGACAUUUCUAUCGUGGCCUACUGUAUAAUAAAGUGCAGCUCUUUGACGAAU